AUGCACUUGUUGACAUCCCAUCCACUCCUUUGCAUAGGCGCCAUCGCUUCGUUGACCCUCAUUGGGGUCCCAACAGCACUCUCUACCCCCCAAUCCCCGGUCAUUGUCUGGAACGGACUCUUCACCCGCGGCAUGGCCGUCAUGCCCAAGGUCGCCAUCACCACAGCGCUGUGCUACCUCUACGCUGCCUAUAAGGUGCGAGGAGGAGGAGAAAGGACGACCAAGACGCACCUAGCCGCAGCCGGCCUUGUCAUAUCCAUUAUUCCUUUUACUUUGAUUUUUAUGAGGAAUACCAACGAGAUGCUCCUGAAUGGCGCGUCGGCAAUGACCUCGACGGCAUCUAGCCAGCUGAUUUCCAAGUGGGGCAAUUUGAACAUGGUCCGAAGUCUCCUCCCACUUGCCGCCGGUGUCUUGGGACUCUACGGCUUGUGCGAGAGCCACAAAUAA